AUUGCACGCUUGGAACGUUUAUAAUACGGAUAUUAUAUUAUACCAAAAAAUUAAUACACUAAAAUUUAAAUUUAAUUAAUAAAACAUUUGUUUCUUUAACAUGUAUAAUAGAUAUACCAAGCAAUGAAAACGAUCAAAAUAAUGGUAACAUCAUAUCCAUGAACGAUAUUCCCGUUAUAAUAGCGCCUUCAACGCAUGUAUCAUCAAACUUUGAAACAGCAGGUGAGUUUACAUCUCUUUCAUGUACAUUGUGCAUAUGUGUUUUUAUUUAUUAUAUGUUUGUUUGUAUGAUUCAACAGCAACUCACCAUGAAAAAGUUACAUCUAUUAUUCAAAAACCAGUUACAAGCGCUACUUUAGAUGUUUGUCAGUAAAAACUUUCAAAUAUAUAUUAAUUAACACAUUAUUGCUUUUUGUACAUCAUGCCCAUCAAACAUCAAAUGUAACAUGUAACAUGUAUGUACAUAUAUUGCAGACAAAAUACAACAACGUAUUUUAGAAGAGUGUGUAUAUUAAUAAAAAUGUACACAAAAAGUAUUGAUGCCCAUGUAAAAAAUCUAGAGAAAGGAAAAAUAAAGGAAAAAAGCAAUUCUUACGAAGAAGCACAAAUGAUACAAAACCAGUUGCCCUUAAAGACAAUUGAUCAAUUGUCUCACUUUGAUCGGAGUCUCGAAGAUGAAAACAUUAGAAAAGCAUUUGUAACGUUUCUCGAACGUAUUGGUGGCACUAACGCAGCAGAGAACGUUAAAGCAAUAUUGAAAAGGAUAUUUACCAACAAACUUGGUACGCAAUGUAGCUGGUUGGGCCAAAGAAGCAAUUUUAAAAUUUGUGUUCUCUCAGUAAUAAUUAAGAAUGUAAUAUUAUCAGGAUACAACGAGUUUCAAGAACUGCAUUUUCGCAAAACCGUGAGCGAGUGGUUUCGUCUUAGCAAAUUGCGUCUUUCAAGAGAGCAUACACAAGUCAACGCAGAUAAUCCUCCCAAAGAAAAUUAAAAUAAAUCAAAUAUUAUCAUUUUUAUCUUUAGAGUAUUUUCUUACAGUAUUUGUAUCUUGCAGUAUUAUCUUACAGUAUUUGUUUAUAUAAAGUAAUUAUUAGAGAAACAAAUGUUUUAUUAAUUAAAUUUAAAUUUUAGUGUAUUAAUUUUUUGGUAUAAUAUAAUAUCCGUAUUAGCGUUCCAAGCGUGCAAUGUUUUCUUAGAUUUAAUUAAAUUUUUUUAUGUAAACGUUAACUUUUCGUGAUAAAAAAAAUUU